CUAACGCGCACACACACACAGUCACAGCUGUUGAUAUCUUUUGGCGAUGGUGGUGUGAGCAGGAACGCAGCGCGCGGUAUCCUGGGAGAAGGAAAAUCUGUUAUCAGUUGGCAGGCCUACCCCCCCCCCCCACCACCACCACCACCACCCUCGACCAGCAAGGAUAUUUAUGUAAGCUAGGAGGGACGCAUGGACGGACUGGUCUACUGACCCUUGCUUGGAUUUCUCCAGCGUUUCUCUCUCUGGGCUCCCGGCUACUCUACGGAAGCCUGUGUUGGAAUUUGUGUGCGGAGCGCAAGAGAAAGGAAAAGCGCGAGAGAGAGACAUGUGCGUCGAUACAGCUGCCUAGUAACACCGCUUCUUCCGUCCCAUUCACUGAGCCAGGCACAAGAACCAGGUACAGAUCAGAUCACUGCAGAGGAGACGGAGCGAGAGACUAAGGCGGAGCAGGCAUGAGUGCGGACGGCCGUCCGACAGCGGUGACCACGCCUCCCGCACCCAGUGGAGGAACCAAGGAGCGAUACUUCGAUCGUGUAGAAAAUGACCCAGAGUACCUCCGGACCAGGAACAUGUCACCGGACCUGCGACAGGAUUUCAACGUGCUGGAGCAGAAGAAACGUGUCACCCAGAUCCUACAGAGCCCUGCUUUUAAAGAUGAGCUGGAGGGCCUGAUCCAGGAGCAGAUGAAGAAAGGGAACAACCCCACUGGCCUGCUAGCUCUCAGACAAAUCGCCGACUUCUUCAUGGCCAGCUCCGUGGCCGGUUUCAGCGCUUCCCCCUUCAGCCUUGGGAUGGUUACGCCCAUCAAUGACAUAUAUGGAGUAGAGUCCACUUCUAUAGUGAAAGGCGAGAAGCAGAUGCGCUGUAAACUGGCCAGCCUGUAUAGACUGGUGGACCUUUUCAGCUGGGCCCACUUUGCCAACUGCUACAUCACAGGCCGUGUCAGUAAAGAGCAAGACCACAUCCUCAUAAUCCCCAGAGGGCUGUCAUUUGCCGAGGCUUCCUCAUCAAACCUGGUAAAGGUCAACAUAAUUGGAGAUGUGAUCGACCAGGGCUCCACCAACCUGAUGAUCGACCACGCAGGGUUCAGCCCUCAUGCUGCCAUUUACUCGAUGCGCCCCGACGCUCGCUGUGUCAUCCACCUGCACACUCUCGCCACAGCCGCUGUGUCGUCCAUGAAAUGUGGCAUCCUGCCAAUCUCUCAGGAGGCGCUGAUCCUGGGUGACAUUGCCUACUACAACUACCAGGGAAGCCUGGACGACCAGGAGGAGCGCUGCGAGCUGCAGAAGGCUCUGGGGCCCAAAGCAAAGGUGCUCGUGCUGAGGAACCAUGGUGUGGUGGCUUUUGGAGAGACCACUGAGGAGGCCUUUCAUUACAUCUACAAUGCCCAGUAUGCCUGUGAGAUCCAGGUCAACGCCAUCUCGUGUGCUGGCAGUGUGGACAACCUGAUUGUUCUGGACCAGGAGAAGUUCAGGUUACGAGUACACGCUGUUGCUGAUUCAGUGGCCGUCAACAUGGGUGGACAGCACAAAUGGAAAGUUGGAGAGCUGGAGUUUGAGUCCCUGAUGAGGAUGCUGGAUAACUUAGGCUACAGGACGGGCUACACCUACCGGCACCCCAUCAUGCGGGACAAGCCACGGCACAAGAGUGAAGUGGAGAUUCCGGCCACUGUCACAGCGUUCACAUUGGAGGAUGACAUGGACGGCGGUGCCACCAGGCUGCCCUUCAAGUUCUUGCAGCAGCAGCGGCAGCAGCGGGAAAAGACACGCUGGCUCACCUCCCCCAACAGCUACACCAAGGUCAGCGUGGACGUAAACGACGAGCGUCACCAGGCCCGCGUCAUUACGUGGAUGAAGGGGGAGGAAACAGGCCCUCCAAUUCGGAUCGAGGACCCCAAUCAAUUUGUCCCCCUAAACACAAAUCCCAGUGAGGUACUGGAGAAGAGAAACAAAAUCCGAGAGCAGAACCGUUUUGACGUAAUGUCAUCAGGGCCGCGUUCCCAGCAUCUGGCGAGCAUUCCCAUAGAUGAGCCACGACGGCCAUAUGUCCCCACAGAGGAGGAGCAGAUGGAGCCGCUGCCUCCCAACCCCUUCACUGAGCUGUCCCACCAAGAGCUGCAACAGUACCCCAUGACAGUGGAGAGGAAGCACCUGGGCCUUACCGAUGGCGAGCACGAGCUAACCUCUGAUGACGGUUCCACUCUCUCUCAGUGUCAGUCUCUCACCCAGUCCCCGCAAAGCCCUCCAGUUAAACAAGAGAACCACACAGCCCUGAUGAACGGCAAGGAGGGCCACGGAGAUGUGGAAGGGGAGCUGUCCAAAUGCGUCAGCCAGCUGACCACCAACGUGGAGACUGUGGAGGUCACAUUACGCUCUGGUGAGAAAAUCGAGGAGGCACUCUCCCCGGAGAGCUCGCCCUCUAAGUCGCCCAAUACCAAGAAGAAGAAGAAGUUCCGCACCCCAUCCUUCCUGAAGAAGAACAAAAAGAAGGAGAAGAAUGAGGCCUGAGAGAAGAGGAAGUUGUGGGGGAUGGGGGUUGAGAGGGGUGAUCAGUGGCAGAAAAGAAGAAAGGGCGACAGCCACCGGUUUUUUUUUUUCUUUGUUUAAUGUCUGUGUUUUUUGUUUGUUAGUUUUUGUCUAUUUUCACUGUCAUUUGUCUUUGUUUUUAAGUUCACGUUUUAUGUGUAACAUAUUAGACAGAACAACGGAAGAAAAUAAUUAAUUGGUUUUAUUAUAAAAAAGAUUUUAUCAUCUGUAAAAGUCCAA